UUCACCUCCACGCAAGAAGGGCCCCUCCUUACGCUCCUCUUCUCCUCUGCUCAAACCCAACACGCCGCCCUCGCUCGUAUCGAGACGUUCUACGAGGCUCCGGCCGAAAAGGGUGGAGGGAAGUACCUCUCUUGGGCUACGAUUAGGGCAGAGGGAAGGCAGAUUUGUAGAGGGUAUGAGGCGUUUAAUUUCCCAGUGGAGAUUGUGAGGAGGUGGAUUGGGGAGAUGCGUAGGGCUGAAGUGGGAGAGGGUAGAGAGCAGGCGUCCGAUGCUACUGGCCCGUGGUACGAGCCUUUCUGCAAUGCGGAAGAGCGAUAUCUUCUCGAAUACCUAGCAAGCCUCGGCGCAGUCGAUCUCCUCACGAGUGAAGCAUCACAACCCGACACCAAGCCAGCUCAACCCUCAGCUCCUCCUACCUACCUCAUCUCCUCCCUCUCAUCCAUCUCCUCAACCUCCCUCCCUCACGAGCGUCUCCACGCCCUCUACCAUCUCUCACCCACUUACCGGCAAUUCGUCUCCUCCAACUGGAGCCAACUCUCAGCUAAAGCACGCCGCGUAAUCGAGCACGACCUCUCGCUCAGGGGGUACGAUGAGCGCGUGUACCUCGAUGAGUGGCAGGCGUACCUG